AUGGGACUCGAAGGUAAUAUGGCCGUUGGCUCGGGCGAGGGUCUUGAAGAGAAGGACGGAAGUGACGAGAAAUUGAUGACAGCCACCUCGUCCGCCCCGCUGGGAUAUGUAUCUGGUGCUUCCCAUAUCGUGGCAAAGAGGCAGCUGGUACCGUUCUUUGUCGUUCUUAAAACGGCCGAGCGACAACCUACCUCUCCCAGCUCUACCCUCGCUGUCGCACAGAAACCUGGUGAUCUGCGGACGUGGUCGGCUGGAACCUGUUGGAUCGUGUUCGACAAUAUCCCAUCUUCACUCGAGGCGUCCCUUGAAUGGGACCGGGUUGCUGCGUCUGCUGUCUGUUGCGAGAUCACGAACGACAAGCGAAAGAACCAGCAGCCACAGGCAAGAGGACAGCAAUCUGUUACGACUCACCCUACGAGACCACCCGAGAUUCUUCGGAACGCUUUCGCAGAGAUAAACUCUUUGGCACAACAUUGUCACCAUUUCGUCACCACACACUGCGACGAAGAACGCCUGGCACAGUUCAGCGUCAGUCACCUAGCAACCAUCACUGGACGCAAGCCAGCCGACCUCCUACACUCGAACCUCACAAACACUCAACCCACCCCACCGACCGCAGACAUGUCCCAGUGUGUCAGCUGCAACAACCAGCCGAACGACAACGACUCGCUCGGCGGCGCGGCGCACGAGGGCGCCGUCACGCCCAUGGUCGUCGGCAUCAUAGUCGGCACCGUCGCCGUCUUCGUCCUGGUCCUCUGCGCCCUCUUCUACUGCGCCAAGCUCGAGAACGAAAAGACCCGCCGCGUCAAGGCCGAGGAGGGCCUCGCCGCCGGGGAGGGCCUCGCCGCCGGGGCGGGCGACGCCGCCCCACCCGACGGGGUAGCGAUGCAUGACGGUGGUGGUGGUGGUCACAUCUAUGGCCACUAUGACGCAGGGUGUGGUGCGAAGUCUGGGUCUGUUGGUCGGCGGCCGUCCUCUGCUACCGUUGUCGGUAGGGAAGGGGAGGAUGCCCGUGCUGGGGACGGCCCUGGUGUGAGAGUGCCUGCGGGCGCGCUUGUUGGGAGGAAGAAGGGUCUUUUCGGCUGGGGAGGGAAGAAACCCAGCGGUCGUGGUGAGUUUCUCCCGCCUCUGCGCUACAAUCCGCCAGUAACAGCCAUUGAAAUGGUCUGA